CACUCCGAUCCAAUCAGAUACACAUCUAUCCACAAUCCACAUGAUAAUUAACAUGUUUUUUUUUUUCAGAAAAAUCGUUUUGACUAUUGUAUUUUUUAUUUAAGAGUAGACUCGUAUGAUUUUGAAUGAGAUAUAGUUUAGAGUUAGGCACAAGGUUUGAAUUUUAAUUUUUGUCUAUUUAUUUAGAUUUAUUGGUGAUAAAGAAAACACAAAGCCAUAUUAUAACUGUAAUUCCAGACGGGGGUCUCGUAUCUGUUAUCUGUUGUCGUUACCUCUUCUUUGGAAAGUGGAAUCCUCAAAUAAGGAUCGCCUUCUCCUUACUUAACAGAGUUUCUCUAUUUUUUCAUGGCGACCUGUUUGAAGAGAUUACGAAGAUUUGCUUCGAUUGGUAGGAAGGGCCAGGAAUACUCAACCACCUGUGAUGAACCACCCAAGCUCCAAAAAAGCGGGAAAACUGUCAAUCUCUUUACUGCAAUCAACCAAGCGCUUCGCAUCGCGCUAGAAACCGAUCCUCGUGCUUAUGUAUUUGGAGAGGACGUUAGCUUUGGUGGGGUCUUUCGUUGCACGACAGGACUGGUUGAGCAAUUUGGUAGAAAUAGGGUCUUUAACACUCCCCUUUGUGAACAGGGCAUUGUUGGAUUUGGUAUUGGACUUGCAGCAAUGGGGAAUCGAGCUAUUGCUGAGAUACAGUUUGCUGAUUAUAUUUAUCCUGCUUUUGAUCAGCUUGUCAAUGAAGCAGCCAAAUUUAGAUACCGGAGUGGGAACCAAUUCAAUUGUGGAGGUUUAACGAUAAGAUCUCCUUAUGGAGCUGUGGGCCAUGGCGGGCAUUAUCACUCACAAUCUCCAGAGGCUUUCUUCUGUCAUGUUCCUGGUCUUAAAGUGGUAAUCCCUCGAAGCCCAAAUCAAGCAAAGGGGUUGUUGUUGGCAAGCAUACGGGAUCCAAAUCCUGUUAUCUUUUUUGAGCCUAAGUGGCUCUACCGCCUGGCAGUAGAAGAGGUUCCCGAGCAUGAUUACAUGUUACCUCUUUCCCAAGCAGAGGUGAUUUGCCAUGGAAAUGACAUAACACUUGUUGGUUGGGGUGCUCAGCUUUCAAUCAUGGAACAGGCCUGCAUUGAUGCAGAGAAGGAUGGAAUUUCUUGUGAACUGAUAGACCUAAAAACUUUAAUACCUUGGGACAAAGAAACAGUAGAAGCCUCAGUCAGAAAGACAGGAAGACUUCUUGUUAGUCAUGAGGCCCCUGUGACUGGAGGGUUUGGUGCUGAAAUUUCUGCAUCUAUUGCUGAACGCUGCUUCUUAAGGCUAGAAGCUCCGGUCGCUAGAGUUUGUGGUCUUGACACUCCAUUCCCGCUGGUUUUCGAACCCUUCUUUAUGCCCACCAAAAACAAGAUCUUGGACGCAAUCAAAGCAACUGUGAAUUAUUAGAGGAUAAGUUGUAUUGUCGUCCCAUUUAACUGCCAUCUUCUUCAUGCGAAGACAUCUUCCAAUGGAGAACAUCCCUUUUCACCCCCAUGAAAAAAGAAAGGAUAAAAAGCCUUAAUUAUUGUAUUUGAAUUGUUAUUCCACUUGUCUUUUUAUGAAAUAUUUACUUUACAUCAUA